CGCUGCAACAUCUAGGAGCGCCGCCGAGAAGCGAACGUCGCCGGGUGCUGCAAAGGGCAGCGCGCCGGAGCCGGCCGACCUCCGCAGCAAACAGAUCGAAACCCGCCGCGGGCGCGGCUGCCCCGCGCCGCGUAUUAACAAGCACCGUAGGGAACAGCUUCACCGCCAUGGCCGACAACGACGACUCCCUCGAGGACGCCUCGUCCGAGGAGGACGAGGACUACGACUACACGCACACGCCGGCGUCGCCGGCGGACAUCGACAACAUCAUCGCCGAGUUCGACCAGGAGAUGCGCAAGACGCUCGCGCCCUCCAUUUCAGGUAGUCCGAAGCAGUGGUGGAAGAAGACCGAGGACGGGUCGCCGACGUAUACGUCUCCCAGUCGCUUGGCGCAGCGCCUGCACGAGGUCGCCGACGAACUGGAGGGGGCCCUCGUGUCCAAGCCGAAGACGGUCGCUACGACGGACAUCAAACCCUUCCCAUCCUUGGCGGAAGAAGCCUUGAAGGACGCCGAGGACCCCUGCCGCAUCUACUGGGACAUGACCUUUGUGUUUCGGACCAUAUCCGACGAAGAUCGAAAGAAACUAAGUGAGGAGGCAGCCGAGCCUCCCAGAAAAGAUUUCACGCCGCGGAAGACGCACUGGCGGCACCACCGGAAGAAAAAACCUUUCAACCACGAAGUCUUCGUGAAGAAGGCCCAACUCGCCGGGCUCGUGACGUCGUCCUACCUAUCGACGCAGGAGGACGAGAUCUACGUCCGAGUGGGCGCGACGCACGAAAGGUUGCGCAAUCAAGCGGACAACAUCGACUUCCAGAUGCCGUUACAUGAAGCUAGGUUACGAACACUGGCCAGACGAGGAUUGCCCGAACAGCACAUCGCGCCCAUGGAUAUCCCGGAACGGACGCCGCCGGCCGACGGCGCGCACGCCUUUUCUAGAUUCCGGGCCUUUGAAUACAUCCACGGCAAGUUCGACACGAAGGAAGAGCUCGAGCCGCUCUACUUGAGGACGCACGAGCACGCGUACCACGGGGGCGUGUCCGAGCGCUCUUUAUUUAAUUCGAUGCGUAGAUUAAAGUUAAUAUGGAGCUGCCUCAACGACGAUAGAUCCAAAGGUGGGGCAAAUAUACCAAUAGAGAAGCACGUGGCCAAGGGCAAGCACGGCGCGACGCGGGAAACGUUGCUAGCCGCGUUGGCGAUGCAUGAUCGUACGGAACGCAAGUACCUUUUUGACGUCUGGGUUCGAGCCCCGUGGGCCACGCCGCCGCAGCGCAUGCCCCUGGAAGCGUACAAAGAAUACUUCGGCGAGAAGCAGGGCCUGCUCAUGGCCUUCAAGGCGCAUAUCACGCAAGGCUAUGGCUUGAUGGCCGUCUUCGGGAUUGUCGUCAUGUUGUGGUGGGCGGCCAUCCACGCGAAAAGCGGGGAGCGGGAGAAGUACGAGAUUACCGCUUCCGGUUCCAUCGUCAUCUACGCGGCCGUCGUGGCCUUGUGGUCGAUCUGUAAUACGGAGAUCUGGAAGCGCACGGAGAGGACUUAUGCGUUAGAAUGGGGCAUGGUGGGCUACGAGGAAAAGGAACAACGGCGGCCCCAGUUCAAGGGCCUGCACGACAUGCACGACCCCGUGAGCGGCCGGCCGGGCGCCUUCUACCCGCCCUACAAGCGGCGACGGCGGACGCUCUGCGGCGUCUGGGUGACGUGCCUCUGCAUCGCCGUCAACUUAUUGUUCCUGCUACUCUGCGUCUGGAUGAAGACGGAAGAGGGGACGGAACUCUAUUUCGGCCUCAAAGGUUUGGGGUUCGACCAGAAGUUCUACAUGAUUGCGACGGUGCUGAAUUCCUUCGGUAUUUUGUUAUUUAAGGAGGGGUACGAGAGGAUAGCCGUAAGACUCACGGACGCGGAGAACUGGAUGACCGACACGGUCUACGCGGAUAAGUUGAUUGCCAAGCUGACGGCGUUCAACUUCAUCAAUUCCUAUUUUUCGUUGUUCUAUGUCAUUUUCUUCAUGAAGAUGCCGGGUCAUAAGCAAGAUAAGUUCGAAAAAUUACAGAAGUCGUUAAUUAUACUGUUAGCGUCAGUCAUCGUAUCGACAAAUAUGACCGGGUUUGCGUUACCCUACCUCAAGUUAUACAAAAAGAUGGCUCGAGAAGGAGGCAUCGACGCCCACGGCGAAGAACAAAAAGUGUCGGUCCCGGAGAAUAGUUAUAUGAUGGUCGAGUGCGAUGAGCAGCUCGACAACAUCAAGGCCACCACCCAAGAAGCGACGCAGUACGGGUAUAUCACCCUGUUUUCGGCGGCGUUCCCGGGCGCGCCUUUGAUGGCGUUUGUGAACAACAUGUUCCAGAUGCGUACUGAUGGUUACAAAUAUUUAUGUACGUAUCGACGCAUACAGCCGUAUGGGGUGGAAGAUAUCGGUACGUAUCAAUCGAUCUUCGAACUGAUGAACUACACGGGCGUCAUGUCGUCCUUUUUGUCGAUUAUAUAUCGUACCAGGGUCAUUCCAAAAUACUGGCCGGAGCGCUGGGGCGGCGGCUGGCCCGAGCAUUCUCCGACGAAGCACCAGCUGGACUGCGUCUUCAUGGUCUGCUGCGGCUUCUUUGCGUGUGUGGUUUUAGUUAUUAGACUACUUAUAGAUGACGUGCCCUUCGACGUGGAAUUGCAGAUCAAGCGCAACGAUUUUUUGAAUUCCAAGAUUAUCGACCACGUCGCGGACGAGGCCGACGCGGUGGUGUUGGCCGACGCCACGCAUUGUGAUAUUGCCGUGCACCAGAGGGACUCGAUGGAAGACUACCUGACCUUCGACGAACUGUUCAACAACGACGACGAGGACGAGGUCACGGACGGCGACGACGCGGACACGGACGUGCUCGGGCCCGGCGAGGUCGUCCACCCCGCCUGAUGUUGUGGUGGGGGCCUAAAUUCACGUUUACAC